GAAAAGUCCUGUAAAGUAUGGCAGACCGGACAACUUUAGAUACAAAUGAAGAAUUUGUGGAUUGUACAGAUAUAUUUCUUGAUAAAGUGAUUGAGGAUUGUAUGACUGUUCCGUCUUCGGAUCAUUUGCCCGAUGAGAGUGAAGAGUUUUGUGCAUCUGUUAUGAUAAAAGAAAACCUCGAUCUGAAUCUCAGACAAGGUGAUGAAGAUAAAAGUGAUAGAUAUUAUAACUUCAGUGGAACAGUGCCGUAUUCCAGAGAGAAGCUAGUUCCACUUUGCUUACAAGGAGAUGACAUAAGUUUUGAUUUAGACGAAAACAUCUCCAUCAUACGGCGAUCACAAAGUGACGAUUUGCUUUCCACCAGUAGAUCUUCAAGUAAGAAUGGCCACUUUAAUUUGCAACGCCCAACAAAGAGCGAGAAAAACAGUCGUGAAAUCAUUUAUCCUCAUAAGACCUUAAAUGAUACUUUGCAGUCCACUCCGUCCAAUCCUACUGACGGACUGGCCAAUGAUGCAAGUAGUGAUGCUAGUUCGUGUAACGUAGACUUCAUGGCAGAGUAUGAACGCAGAGUCGAUCUUUUAGAAUGCUCCGACUAUGCACUGGAGGAAGCGUUUGUUAUGAUACGAGGUUGUGUUGAGAAACUUUGCUUAAAUAACGGUAUUUUAUCUGAAAUCCAAGAACAAGAACAGUCAAAUGAAAAGAGAUCAGAAGUAGUUAUGUCAGAAGAAGCUGAAAAAGAUGAGGAAAACGAUAAGCAUGUGAAAGAAAAAGACCAGAAAACAGAUAAAGAUACGUCAGAUCAGAGGAAGACAGGAAAUUUCACAGAGUGCCAAGACAAUAAGGUUAUUCUUAAAGACCUUUUGGCAUUGCUUGGGGAAUUGGAAUCUAGAUUUGAACAUUUCACAUCUGAUAUUGGAGAUCUGGUUCAGUUGGGAGCUUUGUCGGCCAAACAUGCCAUGAGAUUAGAGCAAUACGCCAAGAUUGUUCAGAGUACAUACGUGAAUCUGAGGGCGGACAACGAGAAGAUACACGAAUAUUUACAAGACAAAGAGGCAAAUUGGGUUCAGACACAAGCUCAACUGCACAACGAGAUCGUCCGUCAAACAGAGGAGAUCCAGACGUUAAUGACCGAACUCUCCAAGAGUAGUUCACAAAACCGAAUCCGAAACCAAAUGCAAGAUCGACACCUCAAUAAAGUAAAGAAAGAUGUACAUUCUACUGAGGAUAUCGUCGAUUUGAUGCUGCACCAGAGAUGUUCAAUAGAAAAAGCAAUGGCACAGGAUUUCAGUCGUCAAUCUAAGAUUCAUGAGCUAAAAUUGCUGGUGCUUCAACAGCAAAGUUAUGUCCAAAAGUUAGAGCUACAAAACAAGGAAAUGGAUCUGGUUCUGCGGGGACUGCUGUUUUCAACUGAUGAGCCACAAGAGCCACCAAAGGAUUUCCAGAAUAUAUCUCCAUUAAAAAAUCCCAUCAGUAUGAUAUCAGACGUUCUUUUCUGUGAUCAAGCUCAAUAUCUAGUGGAUAAGUCUACUGACAGUUCUCUGGUCUCAGAACAAGUAUUCCAGAUAGGGGAUUCCACUAGGAGUGAAACACAAUCAGAGGCAGUCUUUGACCCACAGCGUCUGUCAUACGUACGUAACAAAAUACGUGAACAAGAAAUACCUGAAUCUCGGCCUGUUUUAGCUCGAGAUCUCGGAAGUGGCGAGAGUAAAGGGUUAGAUGAUAUAAACGUGGAGCAUGAUGCACGUGUGGAAGAAAGUAUAAAUGUGCAAAUUUUGGAUGAUCCAGCUUCGUUUGAAGAAUUUAGAAGCGCCGUCGAAAUACAAGAACAGUAGAAGAAAAGGAUUGCGUUCAUCAGUAAUGAAUAAAUGAUAAUUCUGUGAUAAUUAAAUGAAAUUUUAGUGUUUACUGUUCGUUUUUUUGAGUCUGUGAUAUUCGUGCCAUAUUUUUUCUUUGAAAUUAUAUCGUAACUUUUACCGUUUUGUAAUAUUAUGUAUGUCUAUAUGUACAUAUAUUGUAAUAACUGGCAUGUAUAGUAGUAUAUAGAAAUUACAAAUAGUUUGUUGUCCUU